CGCGGGAGCGGGAGCGGCCUGGGGAGCCGGAGCGCACCAUGGAGGCGGCGGCGGGCGGCCGCGGCGGCUUCCAGCCGCACCCGGGGCUGCAGAAGACGCUGGAGCAGUUCCACCUGAGCUCCAUGAGCUCGUUGGGCGGCCCGGCCGCCUUCUCGGCGCGCUGGGCGCAGGAGGCCUACAAGAAGGAGAGCUCCAAGGAGGCGGGCGCGGCUGCGGUGCCGGCGCCGGUGCCCGCGGCUGCCGAGCCGCCGCCGGUGCUGCACCUGCCCACCAUCCAGCCGCCGCCGCCCGUGCUGCCCGGGCCCUUCUUCAUGCCGUCCGACCGCUCCACAGAGCGCUGCGAGACCGUGUUGGAGGGCGAGACCAUCUCGUGCUUCGUGGUGGGCGGCGAGAAGCGCCUCUGUCUGCCGCAGAUCCUCAACUCGGUGCUGCGCGACUUUUCGCUGCAGCAGAUCAACUCGGUGUGCGACGAGCUGCACAUCUACUGCUCGCGCUGCACGGCCGACCAGCUGGAGAUCCUCAAAGUCAUGGGCAUCCUGCCCUUCUCGGCGCCCUCGUGCGGGCUCAUCACCAAGACGGACGCUGAGCGCCUGUGCAACGCGCUGCUGUACGGCGGCGCCUACCCGCCGCCCUGCAAGAAGGAGCUGGCGGCCAGCCUGGCGCUGGGCCUGGAGCUCAGCGAGCGCAGCGUGCGCGUGUACCACGAGUGCUUCGGCAAGUGCAAGGGGCUGCUGGUGCCCGAGCUCUACAACAGCCCGAGCGCCGCCUGCAUCCAGUGCCUCGACUGCCGCCUCAUGUACCCACCGCACAAGUUCGUGGUGCACUCGCACAAGGCCCUGGAGAACCGGACCUGCCACUGGGGCUUCGACUCGGCCAACUGGCGGGCCUACAUCCUGCUCAGCCAGGACUACACGGGCAAGGAGGAGCAGGCGCGCCUCGGCCGCUGUCUGGACGACGUCAAGGAGAAGUUCGACUACGGCAACAAGUACAAGCGGCGGGUGCCCCGGGUCUCUGAGCCCCCAGCCUCCGUAAGAAAAGCAGACGACGCCCCCUCCCAGCACCCCACAUCCUCCGAGAAGGACAAGCAGUCUGGCUGGCUGCGGACUCUGGCCGGCUCCUCCAGCAAGAGCCUGGGCUGCAUCCACCCUCGCCAGCGCCUCUCUGCCUUCCGACCCUGGUCCCCUGCGGUUUCUGCGAGUGACAAAGAGCUCUCCCCACACCUCCCAGCCCUGAUUCGAGACAGCUUUUACUCCUACAAGAGUUUUGAGACGGGCGUGGCCCCCAACGUGGCCCUAGCACCGCCAGCCCAGCACAAGGUGGUGAGCAGCCCGCCCUGCGCCACGGUCGUCUCCCGGGCCCCCGAACCCGUCACCAGCUGCGUCCAGCCUCGGAAGCGGAAGCUGACGGUGGACACCCCCGGAGCCCCGGAGACACCGGCACCCGGGCCUGCCCCAGAAGAGGACAAGGACUCAGAGGCCGAGGUGGAGGUGGAGGGAAGAGAGGAGUUCACCUCCUCCCUGUCCUCGCUCUCCUCCCCGUCCUUUACCUCAUCCGGCUCCGCCAAGGACCUGAGCUCCCCGGGCCUGCUCGCCCUGCCUGCGGCCCCCGGCGCCCCCGACGCCGCGGCCCCCGCCGACGCCCCGAGCAGCGGGCUGGAGCUGGAGCUGGAGCACCUGCGGCAGGCCCUGGAGGGCGGCCUGGACACCAAGGAAGCCAAAGAGAAGUUCCUGCACGAGGUGGUGAAGAUGCGCGUGAAGCAGGAGGAGAAGCUGAGCGCCGCGCUGCAGGCCAAGCGCAGCCUCCACCAGGAGCUGGAGUUCCUGCGCGUGGCCAAGAAGGAGAAGCUGCGGGAGGCCACGGAGGCCAAGCGCAGCCUCCGGAAGGAGAUCGAGCGGCUCCGGGCCGAGAACGAGAAGAAGAUGAAGGAGGCCAACGAGGCGCGGCUCCGCCUGAAGCGGGAGCUGGAGCAGGCGCGGCAGGCGCGCGUGUGCGACAAGGGCUGCGAGGCCGGCCGCCUACGGGCCAAGUACUCGGCCCAGAUCGAGGACCUGCAGGUGAAGCUGCAGCACGCGGAGGCCGAUCGCGAGCAGCUGCGGGCUGACCUCCUGCGGGAGCGGGAGGCCCGGGAGCACCUGGAGAAGGUGGUGAAGGGGCUGCAGGAGCAGCUGUGGCCACGGCCCCGCUCUGAGGCCACGGGCGGCGAGAGCACGGCCGAGCUGGAGCCCUAGCCGGACCCACUGUCUGCUGCGCGGGGCGGACGCCGCAGGGCCGGCGGGCGGGCGGGCGGGUGGUCAGCGGGGCUGGGGGUUCCGUGCCGGCGGGGCCGCUCCCCACCCCCCACCCCCCCAGCCCUGGUCCAUAUAGCACAACGUCUUACUGUGCCUAGAACCAAGCAAGUGUUUGGAACCACAUACUUUUGGAAUCCACUGCAAAAUUUUCUACUGGCCAAGGUCAAGCGAGCAAGCCGGUCCCCAACUGCAGCCGGAGUCGAGGCCAGCUCGGUAGCUGCAGCUGGCCCUCCGCUUGCCGGAUCGUUCUAACAUUUACACUUUUGUGAUAAGCUAUUUAAAACCCAUAAGGAGACUUGAUAUUCAAAGAAAUCAACAUGUUUUUUAAUGACUAACUUUUAAAAAAAGCCCCACCCACACGUGACGCCACCUGAGGACCCGCAAGGGAGCCAGGGUGGCAGCCGCCCUGCCCCUCGAAGCCAUCAGAGCUCAUCUGCGCCCCGCGGCCGCGUGACAACACAAAGGGUUUUUCUCCAGAGUCUAUUUUUUCAGCCACAAGGACCCCCCGUCUCCUGUGCUGCCAGCGGGAAGGGCACGGAGAGCACCGCGCAGGCACGACGAGCUGGAAACGCUGCCGCCGUACCCGCCCGCCGCUCCGGCCCGCCGUCCGCAGG